UUCAUUUCUACGAUUCGAUUUGUACGAGUAGAAAAAAAAAAAUAAAAGAAAAAUACAUUGGAAAAACGAAAAAAGAUUUUCCACUGCAUUGAGCACACAGCACAGGACAAAGUAGAAAACUCAACAAAGAAAAACCCAAAUCCCAAACUUAAUGCAUAAAGAAAUUCUUCAAUUAUUUCUAAAAUAUAUUUGCUAGUGAAACAAAUAAAAAGAAUAAAAACACAAAAUCUGUAAUCUGUGCAGCAAUGAGUGUGAUUGGGAAACCACAACAGGUCAACUCUCUACAAUCGGGAGCAGGAACCAGCAGCUCACUAGAGCCUAGUCAACUUUCACCCGAAAGGAUCAUCAGUCCAGACGAUGCUCUGCGUCUAAAUAAAAUAACAGAAGACUAUCUCUGUACUCCAGAUGCAAACAUAUACGAAAUAGAUUUUACACGUUUUAAAAUACGCGAUUUGGAGAGCGGUGCCGUCCUCUUUGAGAUCGCCAAACCACCUAGCGAACAAUUCCCUGAGGGAUCUAUCGAAGAAGCAACAUUGGCUACAGAAGAACUGUCGCUGUUAGAUGAUCCAGUUGAUCCGAAUGCUGGGCGUUAUGUUCGGUAUCAAUUUACACCCGCGUUUCUUAACUUGAAAACUGUAGGAGCUACGGUUGAAUUUACUGUCGGCAGCAAGCCUGUAAAUAGGUUUCGAAUGAUCGAACGACACUUCUUUCGAGAUCGUUUACUCAAGACUUUUGAUUUUGAAUUCGGUUACUGUAUACCGUUUUCAAAGAAUACAUGCGAGCACAUUUACGAGUUUCCUAACUUGCCUCCAGAUUUAAUCGCUGAAAUGAUUGCCAGUCCCUUUGACACACGUUCUGAUAGUUUUUAUUUUGUCGAAGAUCGUCUCAUUAUGCACAAUAAAGCAGACUAUGCGUAUGAUGGUGGUUUAGUUGUUUAAAACUUAAUUCAAAGAAAAAUAUAAAAUAUACAUAAAUAUAUUUAUUUUAAUAUUUUUGAACAAAAGAAAACAAAAAGAAUAACAAAUCAAACUACGAGUAUCAAAAAUAUAUCUGUGUAUACUGUUCAAUAUUUAAAAAGAAAUAAUUA